GGUUUCUCUCUGUGGUGCAGGUCACUCCCUCCGUACUGUCAGCAGCUCUCUACGCGGUUCAAACUUACAGUCGCACUGAACCAGUCCUGUUCCCUCCGUCUCUUUUUUUUCCAGGCUUUUGAGUUUUUAAAGGGGGGAUUUGUUUUUAGUAAUGUGUUAAAGUCCGUGGUCUCCACCGGGAGGAAUUACCGUGUUUUCUUCGCUUUUAGUUGGAAAACAGCGGGGGGAAAUGUCCAGUUGAGGAUUGGAAAUCCUGAAAACCGCAGGGCCUGUUUUUGUAAUGAUUGAUCAAUGCUUCGACAAUGGCGCUAAAGGCACAGGUUUUAUAUGACUUCACUGCUGAGCCUGGAAACAACGAACUGACGGUGAAAGAAGGCGAGACGAUCACUGUCACCAAUCAGAAUAUUGGAGGUGGCUGGAUUGAAGCACAGAACUCCAGAGGGGAGGUGGGACUGGUGCCAGAAGACUACAUCGAGCUCAGUAAGCCGUUUCCAUCGUUCCCAGGAGCAGCAGCUACAGCACCUACUCCAAGUGUAGGAAAUGUUGCAGCUCCGGACCUGUCCUUCUUUGAUGCCUACGCUCCUGCAUCAACACAAAACCAGGUGGAUGCUGGGGGCUUGAGUCCCCAGCCGGACACCCCCGACACCCCAGUUUCCCCCUACCUUUCGUCCCCUGAUGAGGCUAGUAACGGUAAUGAUCCGUGGUCGGUGUGGAACGCGGACCCCUCAGGGGGCUCCAACAACAAUUGGGCGUCAAAUCCGGAGGGCACCCAGACUGGGAAGGCUGCUGCUGACCCCUGGGGCUCUGUAGCACAGGGCCACCCUCAGGCUUACCAGGGCCCAGGAGGAGAAGAUGAUGAGUGGGAUGAUGAGUGGGACGACAUGAAGUCCACCGGAGGUUACGCCGAGUCAGAAUCUGGAGACGGUGGAGCAAUGCAGAGAGGCGGAGCUCACGCAACUUCAAUGAAAAUCUCCCUCAACAAGUUCCCUGGGUUCUCCAAGUCCGGUCCAGAGCUCUACCUCCUAUGCAAGCAGCUUGCUAAGGGCAAAGACAAGCUUCCAAUCUAUAUGGGAGAAGUUGGUCCCGUGUGGUCUUACCCAGAAACUCAGCUGGACUGUGUGGUGGCUGAUCCUAAGAAAGGCUCAAAGAUGUACGGCCUCAAGAGCUACAUUGAGUACCAGAUCACACCCAGUACCACAAACAGACCAGUCAAUCACAGAUACAAGCACUUUGAUUGGCUGUAUGAGAGGCUCCUGGAUAAAUUUGGCUCAGCUAUCCCCAUCCCCUCUUUACCAGACAAGCAGGUGACAGGGCGUUUUGAGGAAGAGUUUAUAAAAAUGCGUAUGGAGCGGUUGCAGGGCUGGAUGACCAGGAUGUGCAGGCACCCAGUUGUUUCCAGCAGUGAAGUUUUCCAGCUGUUCCUCACCUACAAGGAUGAGAAAGACUGGAAGAUGGGGAAGAGAAAAGCAGAGAAGGAUGAGACCGUGGGAGUGAUGAUCUUCUCCACAAUAGAGCCUGAAGCUCCAGAUCUAGAUCCUGUAGAAGUGGAACAGAAAUGCGAGCAGUUCAGCAGGUUUACCAAAGCCAUGGAUGACGGAGUGAAGGAAAUCCUCACAGUGGGACACGAGCACUGGAAGAGAUGUACAGGCCCUUUGCCAAAAGAGUACCAGAGAAUUGGCAAAGCCUUCCAAAACCUCUCGUCUGUCUUCAACAGCAGUGGAUACCAAGGUGAGUCAACCCUGACUGACGCCAUGACAGAAGCGGGGAAGACGUACGAGGAGAUAGGUCAGAUGUUUGCAGAGCAGCCCAAGAAAGACCUCCAUUUCCUCAUGGAGACAAACAAUGAAUAUAAGGGUCUUCUAGGAUGCUUCCCAGACACCAUUGGAGUCCAUAAGGCAGCCAUAGACAAGGUGAAGGAGGCCGACAAGCUGGUGGCCACCAGUAAAAUUACCCCUCAGGACAAAGUCACAAUGGCUAAACGAGUCAGCACCAUGUCUUACACUCUACAAGCUGAGAUGAACCACUUCCAUAGCAACCGUAUCUAUGACUACAACAGGGUCAUGCAGUUGUACCUGGAAGAACAAGUCAAGUUUUACGAGACGAUUGCUGCAAAGCUGAGACAAGCGCACGGUCAGUUCACUACGAUGUGAAAGCCGUCAGUCUCGCACUACAAGAAAAGAAGAGUUUAAACCAGCUCAACAUCCAAAAUAUUCUUGCUUACACUGCAUUCUUUUCCCUCCCUUUAAUUUAAAUUUCACUUCUCUCUUUGUUUGGCUCUUACCUCAUCUCUUCCUUUACUACCCGUGCCCACAGUCCCAGCUUGUGGUGUCACAUUUGUCCGUUGCACUCAGAAGUUUCAGAACAGUUUGUGAGCAUGUGCAGCCGCUGAAAAGGCUUUGGCACUUGUGGGUUUUUAGGGUCAGCCAUGAGAGUAGAGUAAGACACACUAUUUGCACACAUCCUUUCCUCUGUCCAAGGUCCAGAGCUUGUUACACGGGAAGUAAACAUACACUCUGCAGUUGCUUCAUUCCCUGAGUCAGACCCCUGAGUUCUCCUUAUGUGAUACAAGUCAAGUUUAUGCAAAAGGGUGCAAAAGAGCACUAUGCUGCAGUUUUUCAAACUUUGUUCAAUGUUAAAAAAAAAAGGUUAAGGAAAUGAUCUACACAUGUAGCAAAACUGUUAUCUGCACAGUGAUGUAGUGACACAUGGAUAAUAAAAACCAAAGCCAUUCUUCUUCCUGCUUAGGGACAGCCAGGGAGUUGAUUUUUAAAGGCAGCUUUGACAGGUGUAUCAGAGCUUUACUGCCUCUUUCUCAGCCAGUGUUUGGUUUAUUUGAAUCAUUUUUGCCUCUAUAAAAACUGCUAACACUCAAGAGUCACUUAACACCAUUAGUAGAAGCAGUGGAGCGUUCCUUCAAGAAAGAACAGUCUUGGAAGAGUUGGCAAAGGCAGAGCGUGUGUCCUCUGUUAUAUCCACUGCUGGCAGUGCCAAGCCCUCUUUCAUCCUGCACUUCCUCAAAAGCUAACAGGAAGCUCCACCUCCUUCCUGUCUUGCCCACGUGCCUCGCACCCUUUGGGGAAGAUAGAAGAAGCUUGAGUCCAUAGCCCCCCAGCCUGCGUACCAUGACACUGCAGUUUACAUUUCAGGGCAGAAGACAAAAUGGGGGAUAAAUAACACUCAGGUUGGGGUUCAUCACUUUAAGCAUUGUACAUUUUUGCCGAAAGUCAGUGAAUCAGUUCUUCCCUGCAGACGGUGCCAAACAUGAUUCUUAUCUCCCAGUUCUUGUGAAGAAUAUUUGUCAUUUUUGAUCAGAUUAUGGUGUUUUAGAUGAAGGUGUAACAGCAAUGUUACUGAAAGAAUCUGUACUAUAAGAGUUUGGGACAGAGCCAUGGAUUAUAUCAUGUAUGCAUUUUUUCUUUGUUGCUUUUCACCACACAGUUUUCAAUCAGCCUCUAAUCUUUUUCACUCUUUGUUUUCUUAUCACUUGAUACAAGAAAAAUAUACAUAUUAUAUAUAUAAAUAUAUAUAUAUAUAUUCUAUCAGACCUAUCAGGUGCUUCUUGUCAUUGAGAUACUAUUUUAUGUAUAGAAGUAUUUUCAAUACAGUGCAACUCAGAGAGGAGCAAAAAUUCAGUUUGAUUUAUUAAACAAUGAUUUGUAUUCA